AUCGAGCAGGCUGGCUGCAGGGACCCGGCCCUGUGGCGGCGGCGGCGGUGGCGUGGUACUCUCUCGCUGUCCAGUUGAAUUAGUGGUGCUGUCCCCCGCGCGAUGCGCUGAGGGGGAGCCCAGAUCCCUAUACCAGCGUCGCUGCUGCGCCCCGAGUCGCCGACCCCAUGGGACCAGCGGGCACCACGCGCAGCGUGCGGGCGCCACCGUCUCGCCUGCUGUUGCUGCUACUGUUUCUGCAGGUGGCGGUGCCGGCGGGCGCGCUGGCCGAGACCCUGCUGGACGCACCCGGGGCCAGGGGUGCCAGCUCCAACCCGCCAAGCCCAGCCAGCGUGGUGGCCCCGGGAACGACGCCGUUCGAGGAAAGUCGGUUGCCCGUAUUCACCUUGGAUUACCCCCACGUGCAAAUCCCUUUCGAGAUCACUCUGUGGAUACUACUGGCUUCGUUGGCCAAGAUUGGUUUCCACCUCUACCACAAGUUGCCCACCAUCGUGCCUGAGAGCUGCCUUCUCAUAAUGGUUGGACUUCUACUAGGUGGGAUCAUCUUUGGUGUUGAUGAAAAGUCUCCGCCCGCCAUGAAGACGGACGUGUUUUUCCUGUACCUCCUUCCACCCAUCGUUCUGGAUGCCGGCUACUUCAUGCCCACUCGCCCCUUCUUUGAGAACUUUGGCACCAUUUUCUGGUAUGCCGUGGUAGGCACGCUGUGGAACUCCAUUGGCAUUGGGGUGUCUUUGUUUGGCAUCUGCCAGAUCGAGGCCUUCGGCCUGAGUGACAUCACGCUGCUCCAGAACCUGCUCUUUGGCAGCUUGAUCUCAGCGGUGGACCCCGUGGCUGUGCUCGCUGUCUUUGAGAACAUUCACGUCAACGAACAGCUCUAUAUCCUGGUCUUCGGCGAGUCUCUGCUCAAUGACGCUGUCACAGUGGUCCUGUACAACCUGUUCAAGUCAUUCUGCCAGAUGAAAACCAUCCACACCGUCGACGUGUUUGCCGGCAUCGCCAACUUCUUCGUGGUGGGAAUCGGCGGGGUGCUCAUCGGCAUCCUCCUGGGAUUUAUAGCAGCCUUCACUACCCGUUUCACUCACAACAUCCGAGUCAUCGAGCCGCUUUUUGUCUUCCUGUACAGCUACUUGUCCUACAUCACAGCUGAAAUGUUCCACCUCUCAGGCAUCAUGGCCAUCACAGCAUGUGCCAUGACAAUGAAUAAGUAUGUGGAAGAGAACGUGUCUCAGAAGUCCUACACGACCAUCAAGUACUUCAUGAAGAUGCUGAGCAGCGUGAGCGAGACCUUGAUCUUCAUCUUCAUGGGCGUGUCCACCGUUGGGAAGAACCAUGAGUGGAACUGGGCGUUCGUCUGCUUCACCCUGGCCUUCUGUCUGAUCUGGCGAGCACUGGGUGUCUUUGUCCUGACUCAAGUGAUUAACUGGUUCCGGACCAUUCCCCUGACCUUCAAGGACCAGUUCAUCAUUGCCUAUGGAGGGCUCCGGGGUGCCAUCUGUUUCGCCCUGGUGUUCCUCCUCCCUGCUAAUGUGUUUCCCCGAAAGAAGCUGUUCAUCACGGCCGCCAUUGUUGUUAUAUUCUUCACUGUCUUCAUCCUGGGGAUAACUAUCAGACCACUGGUGGAGUUCCUUGAUGUUAAGAGAUCCAAUAAGAAGCAGCAAGCCGUCAGUGAAGAGAUCCACUGCCGGUUUUUUGAUCAUGUGAAGACUGGGAUUGAAGAUGUUUGUGGACACUGGGGUCACAACUUCUGGAGAGACAAGUUUAAGAAAUUUGAUGACAAAUACCUUCGGAAGCUCCUGAUUCGGGAAAACCAACCCAAGUCUAGCAUUGUGUCCUUAUAUAAAAAGCUCGAGAUAAAACAUGCCAUUGAGAUGGCAGAGACUGGGAUGAUAAGUACCGUCCCCUCGUUUGCGUCUCUUAAUGAUUGCCGUGAAGAAAAAAUAAGGAAGCUCACACCAGGUGAAAUGGACGAAAUUAGAGAGAUACUAUCAAGGAAUCUCUAUCAAAUCCGUCAACGGACCUUGUCGUAUAACAGACACAACCUGACAGCGGACACAAGCGAGAGACAAGCCAAGGAGAUCCUGAUCCGCAGACGGCACAGCCUUCGGGAGAGCCUCAGGAAGGACAACAGCUUGAAUCGGGAGCGCAGGGCUUCCACUUCAACCUCCCGGUAUUUAUCCUUGCCUAAAAAUACAAAGCUUCCAGAGACACUCCAGAAGAAGAAGAAAAGGAUUUCAACUGAAGAUGGCAAUAGCAGCGACUCGGAUACAGAUGCCGGGACCACCGUGCUCAAUUUGCAGCCUCGGGCCAGGCGCUUUUUGCCAGAUCAGUUCUCCAAGAAAGCCUCCCAGGCCUACAAAAUGGAGUGGAAGAACGAGGUGGACGUGGGUUCUGUACGAGUGCAGCCCAGCACCCCUCCAGCACCCCGCAGUAAAGAGGGGGGCACCCAGACACCAGGGGUACUGAGGCAGCCCCUGCUCUCCAAAGACCAACAGUUCAGCCGAGGCAGGGAAGACAGUCUAACUGAAGACGUUCCACCCAAGCCCCCACCGAGGCUGGUGCGACGGGCCUCCGAACCCGGGAACAGGAAAGGCCGCUUGGGCAAUGAGAAGCCAUGAGAGAAAAAGCCAAAGCAGGCUUGGGGUGAAUGAGCUAGCGUGGCUGUGGCUUGUUACUCAAAAACCUGACCAGCUGUGGAGUCCAUGUAAAACCAUCUAUCUAGAAACAUCCUUUGGGUGGUAGAGUCAAGCUACUGGUUCACGGGAGCAGCACUUAACCUAUCCCAAGAAGAGGAAAGUCAAAGGAAGUCCCACAAAAUGACUUUUGCGACUUUUUGGCCAGGAAAUGUAUUCUUUGCAGGCCUGAAGGAAAAAAAAUAUAUAUAUGUGUGCCUUUAUUGAACUUGAAUGACAGAACUUGAAGAUUUUAACACACCUUUGUUGGUGAAAAUUUUAAUAUAUUACAAAUAUGCCUCAGUUUUUAUUUAUGAAAAAAAUGUGUUUAUCUGUAGUGACCGUGUUUUAAGGGGACAGCGCUAAAAGUGGUGAGAACAUCUUUCCCAGGGGGUGAAGAUCAGCUCCUAGAGGUGGGUCCUAAGUUCCAGCUCCCACCUGUCCCAUCCUGAGCUGAUGGACCCACUCGGUGAUGGACAAGAUUGCCCACAGCAGAGACCUUGGUGUGUAGCAGCAGGGCACUGGUUGAAAUGUGUAGGCAGAUGAAACAGCGUAGCUUUCAGGGUGUAGGUUGGAAGUCCGUGUUAACAACUUGGAAACCAUGAAGGUCAGACGGCUCUUAACCUGUUCCUGUGUUUACCAUGGCUUUGGAGUAAUGUAUAAUCCCCACCACCUCUUUUUUUUUCCCCCCCUAGGUACAGAAGAAAAGAUUUGCUUGAGCCAAAUCAUUUCAUAGUGUUUAUAGACUUGGUGGCAGCUUCUGAGAUGUCCCACCUGUGAGGACCUCUUGUGGCCAGUGGGGAGACAGGGUAGCAAUGACUGACCGAGUGGGUUUGAUAUUGUGUGAUACUGGGAGAACAAAGGGGGGUGGUUCCUUUUAUAUGCACCCAUGGCCACCGGCUGUAACACAACUGUCCUGUAGUACAUGCUCUGAGCUGGGAAGGGUGAAAACUUUCACAAGCCGUCUUCCAACGCUGAAGGAAAUGGUGAGUCAUCAGGUUUUGACUUUUGAUGAGGAAGCACUUUUUGGAGAGAAAUCCUACUUUUUGCACUAGUCUAUAAUUUGUUACCUCUUAACCUUUCGACGAUGUAGUGACUUAAAUUGGUCAUUAAAAAUCAGAUUCUAUUCUCUGGAGUACUUUUUAGGAGUAUGGCAGAGAGAAACAGUGGGACACAAUCAUUAAAGAUUCAUAUUUAAAUCAAUGUUUUUUAAGCUGUAGAUUUAUUGACUUGUCAUUUCUUUUCUGAAUAAUUAUCCUUUAACGCUUUCCUGGAUUUACAUUUUGAAUGAAGCCACUACUGUAGUUUUUACUGAGUCCUUUUGGCCACAGCAAAGGAUACAAAGUCAUUUGGAAGGGGUUCCUCCUUUGCUUUUCUAUUACUGUGACAAAAACAUUCUGACCAAAAGCAACUUAGAGGAGGAAAGUGGUUAUUUUCAUCUUAUACUUCCAUGUCGCAGUCCAUCCCUGAGGGACGUCUGGAUGAGAACUGAAGCAGAACCUAUGGAGGAAAGUUAUAGGCUUGCUUUCAGGUCCACGCUUAGAUCACUUCCUCACACAGGGCAAGGCCCACCUUAGAGGUGGUGUGAGUCACAGUGGGCUGCGUCCUCCCACAGCACUCAUCAACAAUGACAAUCUUUUCAGAUGUGGCCGGCCACAGGCCGGUCUGAUAAAGGCAAUUCUUCAAUUGAGAUUCCUUCUUCCCCGGUGACUCUAGGCCAUGUCAAGUUGACAACACAAGUUAGCCAGGACAGAAGGGGAGGACAUGCAUAAGCAAGACAGAAUGGUUCUGCCGCCCCUUCUCCACCCUCAUCAAGGUGGCUCUUCUUGAGUUUCUGUCGAGAGACGGCUAGACCAUCAUGUGAGAUGGGAAGUCAGCACCAUCCUUCCCCAGUUAUCCCAGACGGGGGCCAUGGAAAGAUGUGUAAAACAUGAUCGGAAAACUACAUGCUUAGAACUUUGUGCCAAAAAAAGAAAAAAAAAAAUCUCUAUUUUAAAGGACUGUAUUUUUAUAAACCAUGUAUUCCUUCUGAGAAGAAAUUUAAGUUUUCAUAGGUUUUACUAUAGAAAUAGAAUUCAAAAAAUGUUAUGAUGUUUAUUUUCAAAAAUACAUAGUCACUGUGCAUCGUGAUGGUAAUUAAUGACUUUUGAAAAGGAAGGUGGGAGUUGAAAAUAACCUUCAAAUCAUUUUACCGGUUUUCUAUAUUAGUAAAUAUUACAAAGAACAAUACCUUUCUGAAACUGAAAGAAGCAACAUGAAAUAGCAUGUUAUGACACCUCAGGCUAAAUAGUCAGACCCAAUUCAGUUUUCACUAAGGAAAGUAUCACAUAAGAUAUUUGAGUGACAUUGUGUAAAUCUCAGAAGGAACACCUAGGUAGUUUUAUCAUAAUUAUUAUCAGUUAAAAUUUGUUCAAUGACAAAGUCAAUAAAAUAAAUUUUAUGCUAGCCUUU